AGCAUAUGAAACUAAUUCUCAAGCAUGGAGAUUCAAUUGGAGAGGGUAGAGGAUUAAUUUUAAGUAGAGGUGGCAAUUAGGAUCCAAAUCCAUGAAUCCAAUUCAAUCUAUUCAUCAAAUUAUUCACCUAAUCCAAUCCAUUUUAUCCAAAUCCAAUUGGAUUGGUGGAUUCAUGGAUCAAUCCAUGAAUUCAAAUGACAAAUUACGAUUUGGUACCUAUAUUUUUUAUACUUUACAUUUUGGUACGUAAAAUUUAUAUUUUAUACGAAAAAUAACAUUAGAAAAUUAUAUUUUGGUGCCUAAAAUUUUUCAUCGUGACAUUUUAGUACCUAAACUUCUCAAAAUUUACAUUUUGGUCCAAGCCUUGGAUGUCAUUUGGAUUCAUGGAUCAAUCCACCAAUCGAUUUGAUCCAAUCCAUGAAUCCACCAAUACAUUGGAUCCAAUCCAUUUGAUCCAUUAAUCCACCAAUCCAAUCCACGAAUCCACAAAUCCGAUCUAAUUGCCACCUCUAAUUUUCAAGGAAACUUCAAUACCAUUAUUCUUCACCUUUGCAAUUAUUCUUCUUCCCUGAAUGUGUGUAACUAAAUUUCAUUAUUGUUUGGAUCAAUUUGUGGAGUCUCAGGGGAUGCUAGGUUUUCAUACUUAUGCAUCGAUACAAUUGUCGUUGUUUUCUAGUUAUCAUUUUGUUUCUUAUGUUUGAUUAUUCUUGCUAUGAUCUUAGAAAGCUAGUCCUAAGCUUUAUGAAUCCACUGGAAAUGAGGAUUGACUAGAAAUACCCUCUUAGGUUCUUUGAAUAACAAACAUAACAACUAACCCACUAAUUGGAUGAGAAAUCAAAGUUGAUUUGGUUAGACUGUCUGUCUUUCUUGCAAUUCAGGACUUGAUGGGAUUGUAUGUUAGGAGACUAGUUGCAAUUCACCUUAUUAGGAAUCGUGAUAGGUCAAAGUAAGUAGCUGGACAUUGAUUAAUUGCUAUUGUGGAAGGAAUUAGAUAAUUACAGUUCAACAAUUUCAAGAUGAAGGAGGAUAAUAUAAAUCAUCAUGUUAUGUGCUAGGUUCGAGACUAUCUGAAGGCGAAUCCUUCGAAACAAGAAGGUAUGUAUGCAAUGUCUUCUACGCUGAACUCCUUGAUUCGUCCUUGUUGGAGAUUUACAAGCUCAAUACUUGCAUUGGAGUCUUGAGGAGUGAUGGAAUUGUUGUUUUUUAGUUUGGUUUUGCUCGAAAAGAGUUGGGAGUUUCCAGACUACAUGACGCUGAAGCCAUGAUUAUUUGGACGAGCAUAAUGAUCGCUGAAAGUGAUUGUGAAGUGCUGAUUGAGCAAUUGAAGAAGAGAGAUAUAUAAAUAAAUCUAAGAUAAGUGUUCUGUGAGUUGAUUUUACAGAAGGAGAUAGUAGAGCGACGUAAAUUUCGUAAGGAAGGCGGAUCAUAUACGGAUCUUUCCCCGCAUGGAGUCAUUCAAGGCUCAAUGCCAAGUCUUCUCGAAACAUUUUCUUUUGUUGGUUUAUGGAUGCUUUAGCUAGUGAUGUCCAUGUAGACUCUAUGGAUCAUCCUUAAUUGGCUUUGCUAUUGAAAUAAAGGUGAUUAUAAAAUAAAAAGUAAAAGAAGUGAGAACACGACCCAAACGAAAAACAAACAUGAUUAAAAACAGUAACGUCGAGUACGUCACUAUCUCAACAUAUAAAAAAUUGCAUUUAGCAAGUAAUUAAAGAGAGAGCGAAGACUCGACUUUUCCUUUUUCUUUUUGUCUCUUUCCCUCCUAAUAGCUCGAGCUAGUCUUGUACUCCUUCCAUCCAUCUCUCUGACGUGAUUCAACUCCACUCUCGAUCAAUCCAAUUCGCCAUUAAUCCAGUAAGAUAUUCCUCGGUCUUCCUUCCACCGCUCUCCCGACUUCCGGCGGCGCCUCCGGUCCUCUGCUUGCGGAACCACGCACCUGAAGGCACGGACACCAAGCAACCCCCGCCAUGAACAAGAGGAGUUUGAACCCUAACCUCAACCUCAAGCUUUCUCUUCCUCCUCCCGAUGAAGUCGCCUUCGCCAAGUUCCUAACACAAAGUGGCACAUUCAUGGACGGUGAUCUGCUCGUCAAUCGCGACGGGGUUCGAAUCGUCUCUCAAUCCGAGCCCGACGCUCCGCCGCCAAUUCAGCCCGCCGACAACCAGAUGAGCCUAGCUGAUAUAGACACCAUCAAGGUCAUCGGAAAGGGAAAUGGCGGCAUUGUUCAGCUGGUGCAGCACAAAUGGACCGGCCAGUUCUUCGCAUUAAAGGUUAUACAAAUGAAUAUCGAGGAGUCUGCACGUAAGGCAAUUGCUAAGGAACUUAAAAUUAAUCAAUCAGCACAAUGCCCCCACGUCGUUAUGUGCUAUCAAUCUUUCUAUGAUAACGGUGCUGUUUCCAUUAUCUUGGAAUACAUGGAUGGUGGUUCCCUAGCAGAUUUUCUGAGAAAAGUUAGAACAAUUCCUGAACCAUACCUUGCUGCUAUCACUAACCAGGUACUGAAGGGUUUGUUGUAUCUUCAUCAUGAGAAACAUGUUAUCCACAGAGACAUGAAGCCUUCCAAUUUGUUAAUAAAUCAUAGAGGAGAAGUCAAGAUCACUGACUUUGGUGUGAGUGCAAUAAUGCAAAGCACAUCAGGACAGGCAAAUACUUUUGUUGGCACUUACAACUAUAUGUCUCCUGAGAGAAUUAGUGGAGGAAAAUAUGACUACAAAAGUGAUAUUUGGAGCUUGGGGUUAGUGUUGAUGGAAUGUGCAACAGGUCAAUUUCCAUAUGCACCCCCAGAGCAAGAGGAAGGCUGGGUUAAUGUAUAUGAGCUUAUGGAAGCAAUCGUUGAGCAACCACCACCUCAUCUGCCUUCUGAUCAGUUUUCUCCAGAAUUUGGUUCAUUUAUAUCUGCAUGUGUUCAAAAAGACCCAAAAUAUAGACUGUCAGCACUUGAACUUAUGUCACAUCCAUUUAUGAACUUGUACAAGGACCUUCAUAUAGAUCUCUCAUCUUACUUCAAGAAUGCUGGCUCGCCUCUUGCAACCUUUUAAGUAUCUGGUAAGUGGAGUACUUAGCCAACUUUGCACAAACAAGCCUUGCCUCAAUCUGUUGAUAUUCUUUCCUUCACUUGUUUCCAGUUAUGUUUUAUGGUUUUCCUCUCUAUUUGAGUGUAUUGCUCAUGGGAAAGACAUCGCAUGAAUUGGAUAAGGAAAAGAACAGAGUAAUGUUAAGAAAAGUAAACACGUUUAAAAGCUCCACUUAUCUUUCGUUCAGUGAACUAAAAUGAUGAAUCUGCAAGUUCUGAUUUGAAAGUAAAAGGAGAUAAAGAAA